GAGAUCUUAACAAAAAUGGUCCCCUGUCAAUUAUUAGUCAGGAACAGGAACGUCCGUGCUUCGGGUUCCUCCCUCAGCAAGCUUCUCCUCUCAUUUCCAUCUGGUAACGGUAGUACUAGGUAUUUUCAUCACAAUUGAUUAAUUGUAAAACCCUCCAUAAGAAAUCCCUCAUUCAUUGAUUCCUGGACUAUAUUCACUAUAUGCAGUUUUGAAAGCUCAAAUUUGCAUCAUUCAAUCGAGCACCAUCGAACAUCGAAAUCCUCCAUAAGGUGCACCUGCAAUUGAAGGAUAGGCGGGAGAAGAGCAAAAUGCGGCGGUCAUUUCUUGCAAUAACAACGGCGCUUCUAUAUGCAAUUACAGAAGCUUCUCCAGCUCGAAAAGCAGGUAAUCAUCAAAUACCCAUCUCAAAUUUUAAGGGUUUUUCAUAAUAACCUAUUCUUCCACAGAAUCUGACACAAUCGAUUCCAGCGAGCAUCCCUCGACUGGAACCUCUUCUCCUACCACAAUCGACACCACGGCCACGAACAAGAUAUCUUCGGCAUUAGAAAUUUCAACCUCAAUCAUAGACGUAAAUUUAGUUCCAUGGGUUACUGUCGAUGCUAGUGGACAUGCCUCAACCGUCACUCCAAUCCUCACAACAAUUGACGGUAAAACGACAACGAUUGAUGCUGCGCCUACAACAUUAACUGCUUCUGAUACUUCCUCUACUUCUGGAACUACAUCGAGGCCAUCCACAUCUGGCGAAGUAUUACCUACAUCGACAGGAGGUGGAGCUUUUGAGAUCUGCCACAAUCUGAAGGGAAAGUUUGCACCGUUUUGCAAGCCGGAUAACGGAUCUAGUUUAUAUGUCGAUGAAACGUAUUAUGGUAAGUGGUUUUCAUAUUGUAUUGAGUGUUUAUUAACAUUAACUAGUUACUUGGGACACUGAAUUUUUCACUGGCUCGAAUAACUCGGUUUUCAUACAAGCAAAUUAUGUGAAUGCAUCAGGCGGAGGCGUACAAGCUUUUCAAUCAAUCCCAACAAGCAACAGCCUUGGUUUUAUUGCCUGGACGAUAGAUAAGAACUGGUUAAAGGGCAUGAACUCCAAUAAUGUGACUUUAUUCAUCACAUCCACUCAAAAAAGCACAAUCUCUUCCAUACAAGGUCCAACACUAAUGGUAACUCCUUCUCCCGCACCUGAACCAUAUCGUCAAUCGCCGAGCAAAGCUCCGCAUGGUGCUUCAUUGUACAUAGCCCUUCCAACAGUUCUCACAUUCAUUGUUCUAAUCAUUGGUGGAACAUACUAUUGCAAUCGUAAGCAUCGCACUAUUGGAAUGGGAAGUGUGAUGGGUCGUCGUAAAGGAUAUGGAACUGGAUCGAGGAGACAGAGGAUGGGAUUGGGAAAGAAGAAAGAUCGAGCAAUUAUGUUGAGGAAUCAGGAAUUGAUGGCUGAUGGACAGUAUAAAGAUGUUCCAUCAUCAAGGGCAGAAGAUUCAACGAUGCAUUUUAGGGAUGAAAUGAGUUGGGAUAAUGAUGAGCAUUUUAGAGAUGAAACGAGAUGGCAAGCUGGAUCGAGACUCUAGUACUCAUAAGGUGUGUAUGGUUAUGGGAAAUUAUGGUGGGAUAAGGAUGGAAAAAACAUGAUGGCAUGGCGUUUGCAUGGUGCUUGGCUCUGAAAAGAUCUAGCUUG